AUGGAAUCUAUGGGCUACCAGGAUACUCUCGCGACCCUUCGCGCUCAACAAGCUGCGCACCCGCUCUCAAUCAUCUCGCUCGCCGAGCCCAUCACCGCGUCGCAAACACAACCUCUGAAGCCCUCAAACUCGCAAUCGCGUCCUUCAGACACUCUAUCAACUUCAGGGACCGAGUCAAACCUGCAGCUCACGCACGCGACUCUCCUCGCCGACCUAGCCCACUACAAAGACCUCUUCUCCAAACUCCGCUUCAGCUACCUCGAACAAGUCACCAAGGAGAAAUACCUGCGCAGCAUCGUGGGCGAUCCUCCCCUUGUCGUCAGCCAUGAAGACAAUCUGGCUUUGGAGGACAGGCUGGCGGGCAUGAAAAGAGAGUUGAAGGCGAAGAAGGAGGAGGUCGAUGCGUUGGUGAAGGAGAUGGAGGAACGAGCAAGGGAUGUUGCACGGGCUUAUGAGAGCGUCGGGGAGGGGAUGGACGUGUUAGGACGUGUUCCGGCUGAAAUUGAGACCUUGAAGGCAGAGGUUGAGAGCUUGAAAGCCGAACUGGCUGCUCGACAAGGCGACGACAGCGCUCACCAUGGGAGCGGCGAUCCGAGGAUGCACCUCUCGCUCACCGCCACGGAACAAGCCCUCGUGGAGCAGCGAGAGCGGAAUGCCGAGAUAGAUCGGCAAAUAGCAGAAAUACAGAAGCAGAUGCCAGCAAAGGUCCGGGAGGUAGAGAAAAUGGAUCGUGAGCUCGCCGAGCUGGAAAAGAGACGUAACGAGAGUACAAAACUCGCGAUCGAGGGACGAAGGAGGCGUGAGCAAGGAGGGAGGGACGAGGUGGAGGAGCUGGGCAGAUGGUAUAAAGCGAAUGAGGCUGUCAUGAAGGGCUUGCUAGGGGUAGAGGGAUCCUAG